CUACUAGGGAUAGCGCCUUCUUGGUCUCCAGUCAAGAACAGUCGAGGUUGUGCUCUAGAAGUCGCGUCUAAGAUAUCUUUCGUCCAGUAACUCCCAAGAAGGCAAAGAUGGGCUGUAAACUUGCAGCUCUUUCCCUGAUCUUAAUCAUGGGCCAGGUCUUCACCUCCGAGGCCCUCACCGUCACACUCGGAAGCGUGUCGGCCUCUUACGCGCUCCAGACCGGCAAUCUGCUGUGCCCCAUGACGCAGGUUGAUCCUCUGACAGUAGGGGGUUUCAGUCUGCCUCAGUUCAAGUGCAAUGCCUGCAAGGCGUGCACGGCCAUGACGAGCGGGAACGUCACGAUCAACGGCCAUUGCGUACAACUGCUUUCCAAAGUGACGUUGAAUAAUGGGACCGAGGUCGACUGGCAGCGGGGAUGUGUUUGCAAGCGGAACUGAAGCAGCCAUCAUGUCACCUUUGCAGUGAGGUCGGAGUUCUCAUAUCCAAACAGCAAGCAUGGCAUCCUAUAUGGAGUUACUUCUGGCUGCCUCUUUCACUCUGAAGUAGAGCCGGCCAGCCACUCGUCUUCAAAAAAUAACCACACCUUGCAGAGCCGCCGUCGGAUGCCCUCCUUCGGUGCUUGUAGGAAGGGGGGGGGGUCACUUUUUGUCUGUGGAUUUCCCUUUUACAGGAAGAGGUUGUCAUUUGCACUCUCAAGCCAUCGUCUCCAUUUCCAGUUACAGUGUUGCUAUUUUGAUGAUAACACUAGUCAUGUUGUUAUUGCACAUUGCAAAGAGAGAGAGGGAGAGAGAGAGAGAGAGAGAGAGAGAGAGAGAGAGAGAGAGAGAG